AGUUGUGCGCUCCCGCUGGAGAGGCUUUUUGUUGGGAAGUUUCUGUAAGUGAGUCAACACGGCACAGGGAGGACGCCACCCAGCAGCACUGCCGCUGGAUCCAAUGCUGGGCUUCUCUUCUCCUCCCGAGGACCCAGGACACGAAGACAACUUCGCUUCGGUCUCUUCACAACAGCUGGGGAUUUAGUUUUUAACCUUCGCACACCGGGGAUGGUUAUUGUCGUUUUGACGCGGUUUUUUCCUCAUUGGAAUUAACGCGGCGGAGGUGAAAUGAAAGUGACGGUGUGUUUCGGGAGGACCCGGGUGGUCGUUCCGUGUGGAGAUGGGAAUAUAAAAGUCCUCAGCCUUAUUGAAAAGGCGGCCAUGAGGUAUAAAAAGGCGAUCGCAAAGGACCUUAGCUACUGGGUCCAGGUCCACAGGUUGGAACAUGGAGAUGGAGGCAUUUUGGACCUGGAUGACAUGUUGUGUGACGUGGUGGAUGACAAAGACAGGCUCGUAGCUGUAUACGAGGAACAGGACCCACACAAUGGAGGUGACGGCACCAGCGCCAGUUCCACAGGAACGCAGAGUCCCGAACCCUUUGCCAGUGAGAUGAGUUCGGCGUCUGCCUUUCAGCCUUACCAGACCAGCGGCGAGAUCGAGGUCACUCCAUCCGCCCUGCGAUCCAACAUGCCUCUCCACGUCCGUCCCAGCAGUGAUCCCUCCCUGGUCGACCUUCCUGCGGGUGAAGUCUCAGUUGCUCCAGAGGAACCGUCCAGAAAGAACCCAACUCGCUGGUCCACAACUGCUGGCUUCCAAAAAGCAAACACAGCAAUAACCCCCAAACCCUGCCUGCCUAACAAAGAGCAAAGGAAACGAGAAAGGAGGAUUGAGCGGAUAGAGCCAGUAGGAAGGGCCGACUCCUCAUUGGAGCAUUCACCGGUGUUAAGUCUAGAAGGCAUGCUCAAGCCGGUCGAGGUGUCCAAUGAAGGAGGGCCCCUGGGGAUCCACGUAGUGCCUUUCAGUUCGCAGGAUGUCAGGACUCAGGGUUUGCUCGUGAAACGUCUGGAGCAGGGAGGCAAAGCUGAACAGGAGCGUCUCUUCCAGGAGAAUGACUGCAUAAUCAAGAUCAAUCAGGGAGACAUCCGCAACCUGCGCUUCGAACAAGCCCAGAACAUUUUCAAGCAGGCGAUGCGCUCCCCGGUCAUCCUCUUCCACGUGGUCCCCGCAGCCAUGAAGAGGCAGUACGAGCUGCUGUCAGGCCAGAGCGAACUCAGCCCACACCAGUCCAACAGAGUCUACUUCAGCCAAACCUCUCUGCAGGCGGGGGAAAGGUCCAGUCUAGUGGGGGGGCCGGCGUCCAGGCCUGGACCACAACCUGGCCUCAAUCACAAUCACCAGGGUCCCCUGGCAGGAAGCACUCCGGAGCCGAGCCGAAGGUACACCAUGUUAUCCCACACCAUGGUCACCAGGACGGCGUCGGCCCCCUCCCCCUCCCUGCAGCGCAGGAUAAGCACGAACCCGUCCGCCAGCUCCUACCUGAAGAACAAAGGGCGCAGACUCAACAUCCAGCUGAAGAAAGGUCCAGAGGGUCUUGGCUUCAGCAUCACAUCUAGAGACGUCCCCAUCGGUGGCAGUGCUCCCAUUUAUGUCAAAAACAUCCUUCCACGAGGGGCCGCCAUCCAAGAUGGCCGACUGAAAGCAGGAGAUCGGCUGCUGGAGGUUAGUGGAGUUGACCUUAAUGGUAAGACCCAGGAAGAGGUGGUGGCCCUGCUACGAGCCACACCCAUGGGUGGGACUGUGAACCUGUUGGUGACUCGCCAGGAGGACUCCCUGCUGCCCAGAGAAGUGGAGCCAGAGGAAGACGACAUGGUGUUAACACCUGAUGGUACACGAGAGUUCAUGACCUUUGAGAUACCCCUGAAUGACUCAGGCUCCGCAGGCCUGGGAGUCAGCGUCAAGGGCAACCGGUCCAAGGAGAACCAUGCCGAUUUGGGCAUCUUUGUAAAAUCCAUUAUCAAUGGAGGGGCUGCUAGCAAGGACGGACGUCUACACAUCAAUGACCAACUCAUUGCAGUCAAUGGAGAGUCGUUGCUCGGGAAGACCAACCAGGAAGCCAUGGAAACGCUGCGCAAAUCCAUGUCUGUAGAGGGCAACAAGCGAGGCAUGAUCCAGCUCAUCGUGGCCCGGCGGGUGGCAAAAAACAAUGAGGUAGAAGCCCCUGGCAGCCCUCCAGUUUUAGAGCAUCCCAUGAACUCUCUACUGGACAACCACGAGCGCCGGAUCUCUCACUCUCUGUAUGAAACCAUUGAGGGCUUGGACAACAUGUCGACACCACGGGCUAACGUGAUUGGACGCAUUGGUAACUACCAGCUCUCUCCGACCGUGAACAUGCCACAGGACGACAUAGUGAUGAUCGAAGACGAUAGGCCACCCCUGCUUCCUGCCCACCUCUCCGACCAAUCGUCCUCCAGUUCCCACGAUGACAUGGGCUUUGUGGGAGAGAACCCGGUGCCCUGGAUCCACGAGCUGCCCGAUGAAAGCCAAGACGCAGACCCGGAUGGUGCGUUCCAGAGGGAGGGUUUUGGUCGCCAGAGUAUGUCAGAGAAACGCACCAAACAGUAUGAAAAUGCUGCUCAGCUUGAGAUCAUCAAGACCCGCAAGUCCAAGAGCAUGGAUCUCGGCUCUGCGGAACAAGAGGUCGGACCGUCGCUGGGCCUGAAAAAGUCCAGCUCCCUCGAAAGUCUCCAGACGGCCGUUGCUGAGGCAACGCUGAACAGUGAGAUGAACGCCAACAGGCCGCGCUCGCGGAUUGUCCGGAGCCGCGGCUGCAACGAGAGCUUCCGAGCUGCAAUUGACAAAUCGUAUGAGAAUCCCGGCGUCACGUCAGCAGAGGAAGAGAACAGCAUGGAGACAUUGGACGAGGAUACAGAGGGAAGCUCCCGGUCGGGUCGUGAGUCGAUGUCCACCAGCGGUGACCUCAUUGUGGGCUCAGGGCUGAACGGCAACCCCUCCAAAGAUGACAGACGGAAAGAUUGGGACAAGGUUGGAGGGAAGGAAAGGAAGAAACCUGAGAGGGAUAAAGAGGAGAAAGACAAGGACAAGAUCAAAGCCAGGAAAAGCAUGCUGAAGGGCCUGGGCGAUAUGUUCAGGUUUGUAAAGCACCGGAGGGAUGAGCGGCCAGGGGACAGGAUGGAGAGGAAGAGUUCCAGUAAAUCUAAAGCCGAGGACAUGCAGGCGUCAGAGGAGGAGACCCUGCGGAUGAGGCUGGAACAAGAGAGAAUUCAGGCCAAGACGCGGGAACUCCGGGAGAGGCAGGCCAAGGAGAGGGAGUAUGCCGAGAUCCAAGAUGUUGUCAGCCGCACCUUCAGCUCAGAUGAAGAGCACACCUACGCUGGCAUCGGAUCAUUAGACUCGUCGGUAGAUAGCAGCAGCAUGGACCCUUACAACCACCACUACCACCUCCCUCAAAGUCCCCAGAGCCCUCACCUCCCUUUGAGCCUUCCGGACAACGGUCCACCCCUGGAAGCUCUGUACGCCCAGGUCAACAAGCCUCGCAAUGGACGGCCUGCAGCUCCAGACAGCAAUCAGAUGGCUCCCAGUAACCACGACCGGAUACAAAGGCUGAGGCACGAGUUCCAGCAGGCCAAACAGGAGGAGGACGUCGAGGACCACCGGCACACCUACAGCUUUGACCAGUCCUGGGUGAGCAACGGGACAGAGACGCAGAGCGGACGUCACUCUGUGACCGUUGAGACUCAGGUUGAGAAACAGCAGCAAGACGACAGAGACGGUUUCCAACAGGCACAGAGACAGUACAGCUCCCUGCCACGGCAACCUCGUAAGAACCCCAGCACAGCGUCCCAGGACUCAUGGGACAAGGUGUACAUGCCAGCAGAAGGAUUCCAGACAUCCAAGGACAACCCCCGCUACUCCAGCGUCCAGGGAUCACGUAACGGCUACCUGGGAACUUCCAACUUCAACGCCCGUGUCCUCUUAGAGACUCAGGAGUUGCUGAGGCAGGAGCAGAGACGCCGAGAGCAGGAGGCCAACAAGGCCAGGCCGCCCCCCGCACAAGAAACCCCCAGCGGCAGCACCUACGACCAGACCAGAGACCGCACUCAGGCCUCUGCCUCUGCCCCAGUGAAGUCCCCACCUCAAUCCAAGGGCCCCUACAGACAGGACGUGCCUCCGUCUCCUUCUCAGCUCGCAAAGCUCAGCAGGAUUCAGGGUUCGGAGAAAGGGAGGCCGUUUUACUCCUGAGAGAGUAACAAAAAACUGGAAAGUGGUAGUUUUGGAAUAGGACUGAUUCUACAGAGCAUUAACAGGGAAAAAUGUAAAGAGGGCAAUAAAA